AUUCGCACGGCACGAAUCGUACAGUACAUUUACAUUGCAAAAAAGCAUAAAACAAAGUUUUAAAACAAUUAAAAGCGAGCAAUCCUCGGCGUAUUAUUAAAGAAGCAGCCCAGCGUUCGCCCCGUAAUCGCAGCAGAAGAAGCAGCCUUGCGUUUUUACGGAAUAGCAGCGCCAAAAAAGAGGGUCGACGGCAGAGGGGCGCAGAGAGAGAAAAUGUCACGCAAAGCAGCAGCAGCAGUGGAAGUGGAAAAAGAGUGAAGAAACGAGAAGAGUUUCCAUUCGGUGCUCGCGGUCCUUGGAAGCAGUGCAUCCAUCCGGGGCAAGGAUACCCGUAUCCCGAUGCGGCACGGCCGAGUGAGUGUUGCGAAAGUAACCGAUGGGCAGCAGCAGCAGCCAGCGAAAGUAGGAGACAACAACUACGGAGCCCUGCGUCUGCAGUCCUGAAAACACUCACAGGCACACAAUAACAAACACACCUGCCACAGCGCAAUGCGAAUGCCGCCGAUCCUGACCAGGAUUGCUAACAAACUGACGCUUGGAUGUCGUCGGUAAUUGGGUGCGCCAUCCUCCGUCGGGACUCCCCUAGCAAUCCGCUGGCACCAUGCAAAGCCUGGACUCCUCAUGCCAAGAAGCCGACUUUAUUAUAAAUGACACGCUCAAGAAGUUAAAGGGCUCCAGCAACUCGGACCAUGUCCAGGGACUAGCGGUCCACGCCCACGGAUCGGGCGUCCACCAGACGCAGUUCGUCCAGUACCAGGCCGGGUCCUCGCCGCAACUGCAGCCCCAGCAGACGUACCAGCUGCAUUCUGCCCUCCAGCAGCAGCAGCAGUUCGCCUCCUCGAGCAGCAAGUCGUAUUUGGAGACCAGCCUGCUGCAGGCCAUACCACAGAUUCCUGCCCAGCCGCCAAUCUGCAUCUUCGAUGACGACGAGUCCCCCACCGAGGGCACUGGCGGCUCGCUGGGCGGCCUGCUCACAGAGCCCACCUCGGCCACGCCCAGCGGCCUGCCCACGGCCAUUGCUCCGUCGCCCUCCUCGUGCUCAUCCUCCACCACCACGCUGUCGAACUUUAACUCCAUCACGUCGCCCUCGCCGGUGGUGCCCGAUCUGCUGCUGUCCACGCCGCCGGGCGUCAACUCCAGCCUGAGCAACAGCUCGACGGGAGCGGUCAGUGUGUCGUCCGGCAAGAAGUCCGAGAAGCGGCCACCUUCCGCCAACUCAACAGCGAGUGGCGGCGGCGGCGGCCACCACCUGCACCAUCAUCACCUCCACCAGACGCACAAUCACCAUGUCCUGGCCUCGCCCACGUCGUCGCCAAACAAGCGCCAAAAGUCCAACAACAAUAGCAGUAGCAAGGAGUGCAGCUCCUCUAGUCGCAGCUCAGCUUUACCCGCCGCCUCAGUCUCCACGGCCACAUCGUCGUCGCAAUCAGCGCGCGCUGGCGCCGGCGCUGCCUCCUCCAACAACAGCAAGCCACCCUCCUCAUCCUCCUCCGUCUGCCAGUCAGGCAGCAGUAAGUUCUUCAAUCUGCACGAGAAAAUAAAGGACCUUUAUCUACAAUUGUUAAGCAACGACCUGAACUAUUUUGCCGAGACAGGGCUAAAGCAACGCACCCGUUCCUUCACCCUGGAGCGGCUGGUGGAGCGAGAGAAGCUCAACACGAUUGUGGUCAACCUGUAUCCCGGCAACAAGGGAUACUCGCUGGCCCUGCACUAUGACGAGCAUUUGGUGCUUAACCCGCAAACUAACGAAUGGUCCGCCACCGACAAAGACGAUGCCACAAGCGAGGCUGCGGGAUUGGGAGCAGGCCCCGGAAAUCAUCGGAACCGCUCUAAACCCACAUUGGAUGAGAGCCACUCCAAGGCGGAGACGGGACAGGCCAAGCACGACUUUGGCUUAGUGGAGGUGCUGCGGUGGCCCUACGAAAACGAUCUCCUGCUGCAGUGCAUCGAUCGAGAGAUGCUACCGGAGUUUCUAAUGGAUCUGCUCGGAGCCGAGACGGUCAGUUUGUCGGACGGUGAGGGGACACGGGUGUACGCCAAGCCAAGCGUCUUCUACGCGGGCUGCGUGAUCGCCCAGAUCCGCGACUUCCGCCAGACGUUUGCCACCUCAACGAAUAUCUGUGAUAUGAAGCACAUCCUGCUCAGGCCGACGAACGCCACCCUCUUCGCGGAAGUGCAGCAAAUGGGCAGCCAGAUGCCGGCGGAGGACAAGCUCGCCCUGGAGAGCCAGCUGGUGUUGGCCACGGCGGAGCCGCUGUGCCUGGAGCCGGAUCCCAGCAUAGGGAGGCAGGCCAUCAACGCCCAGCACCAGCGCCAGCUCUUCAACUCCCACGAGCUGCGGCGCCAGAUGAAGAAGUUCACACAGACGGCCAUCAAUCGGAAGCGCAAGCUGGACCAGUUUACCCACCAUCAUGGCCUGGAAUUGUGCGAUUACCUGGCUCGUCUGCGCCAGCGACCUCGAACGGGGAGCAACAGUGGCGGUGGUAAUGCGACACCGGCCACGGCGCCCACCAAUAAUCCGCUGGUGGGGGCCAUGCUCUCCUCGUUCACCUCCAAGGUUCCCCGGCGACCCCACGAGGUCAUCCGGCCCAUUCGUCCGCCCACUUUGGAGUAUCCCGCCAAUCUGAAGGUGCCCGAACACGUGAUCAGCGUGGAGAAGUAUGCCAAGGCCUUCGAGCCCCUCAACGAGUUCAGCGAGGCCUGCAAGGAAGGCUGCCAGCCCAACUGUCGGCACAACUUCCAGCCGCAGCUCAUUGAGGAGUACGUGCUGGAGACGGAGCGGGAGGCCAGCGAAGGUCGGCGGGCGCUGUACCACAUCAAACUGUCCAUCUUCCAGCGCCCCUCCGAUGCCGAGUAUCUCGGCGAGCUGUACGUGGACCGCGACUAUCGCGAGGGCGAGCGGAACGGCGAGUCGUGCCGCUUUGCGCUGGGCACUCGGGUGCAUGCCAAUCGAUACAUUCAACAGUUCCGCGAGAUCUUCACCGAGGAGGGGCGUAAGGCGGUCAAAAUCACGCAUUUGAUACCUGGGCAUGUUCCGAUCGUAACCCACACGGGAUUGACGAACGAGCAGCGGAUCCUUUUGCAGCAACAGCAGCAGCAACAACAACAGCAGCAGCGGCAAACUCAAUUGCAGCAACAACAACAGCAGCAGCCGCAGCAUGUUGUGGUUGUCGCCAAUCCGCAGCAACAGCAACAGCAGCAGCCACAACAACAACAACAACCGCAGCAGCAACAACAGCAACAGCAGCCACAACAACAAGCGCAACAGCAGUUAUCCGCCACUGUGCAUCAUGUGGCAUUGCCGCGACAACAAAUAACUCAAAAGACUCUCAAUUUGGCCGGAAGUAAUGUUAUUAAUAUACAGCAAAACUUUCGGCAGCAACCGGCGCAACAGCAGCAGCAGCAGCAAACCUACACAAUCGAGGCACCGCAGCAGCAAGCCCCAACACAGAUUGUAACGCAACAGCAGCAACAACAGCAGCCGCAGCAACACAUUCAUCUUCAGCAAUUGGCCACCGGCGGUAGCAAUUCCUCCACAACAACUCACCAAGUUAGUCUGAGCAAUGGCUCCCUGGUCCUGGUGCAACAGCAGCAGCCGCAGCAACAGUCGCAACAACUAGCCCAGGCCCUGCAACACUCGGGGAUAACCAUUCAGCCCGCCACUAUUCAGCAGCAGCAGGUGAAGGGCACUUCGGUGGUGGGGGCCAAUUCCGCGUUGCGUGCCCAGCUCAACUCUAAUGUGCCAAUUCUGCAAACGCAACUGAAACUUCAGCAGCAACAGAUUAUGCAGAAGCAACAUCAACAGCAACAACAGACAACUGCCACUAGUAACAACAACAACAACAAUAACAAUAUGAACAACAAUACGGCCAUACAUCCGAAUCCUGCAAUAAACGCCAUAGUCAACAGCAUUAUGAACUCUGCCAACCAAUACCAACAGCAGCAACAACAACAACAGCAGCAUCAACAACAUCAACCUGGGAACACGCCAAAUAACAACAAUGCUGCAGUGCCCGGCGGCAGCAACAACAACAACGGAAACAAUGCUGCAACACUCAAAAACUCAAGCAACGCAUCAAUUCUUAACCUGCUCAACAGUGCUCCAGCUGCCAUGACUAGCACCCCAGUGGCAAGUGGAACGUUCACCACCUCCACCGGCCAACAGCAACCGCAGACGCUUACGCUUGUGCAGCACCAGCAACCGUCGACUCCGACCACCGCGGAUGCGGCCACAGCUACCUACGUGCAGACCACCCGUGGCACGCCCACGCUGGUCAGUACCCAGCGGAAACAGCAGUCCAGCGAGGUGCUGCAAAACUUGUUGAACGCCAAUCGAAAGAUCGGCGGUGGAGGUACCACCACGACAACGUUUCGAACAAACUCCGCAGGCAAUUUGAUAGCGGUCAACCUCAACCAAGCGGGACAAUCGCACCACCAACAGGCGGGCGACGGAAGUCAAACAGUGAGAGUGUCCAUGUCGGCGCUCGCCUCACAGUUGGCCUCGCCGCCGGCGGUGAUGACGAACCCCACCACCAGUUACACAGUGAUCUCGUCGGGGAACAGUGCUGCGGCUGCUGCAGCCUGGAUCCAGAGCCCAACGGGUCCAGUCCAGCAGCGCAUCCUGAGCUCGCUGAGGAGGGACAGCACCACGGCGCCGCCCAACGCGAUUGUGGUGGGCAUGGCGGCCCCAUCGCCGGGCAGUGAUUCGAACGCCUCGAAUGCCAGUGGCUUUGCGGUGCCCAAUAAUCUGGCGUCCACCUCGAGUGGAGGCGGUGGUGGCGGAGCACUGUCCGCCUUGCUGACCAACGCGGCUACGCCCUCGCCAUCGGGCUCGGAUCAUUCGCAGUCGUCGCAGACGCACCAAAACCAAGCGCUGCUGGAGCGCCUUAGCAAUGUCACCUCCAACGUGUCCGCCGUGUCCAUGCCACACAUGUCGCCGCAGCAACCGCAAACGCAGCAGUUCAUUACCAAAACCAUCGUUCACUCUCCCGCCACCUCCUCGAUACACUCGCCUAUGUCUAGUCCGCAUCCGCAGCCGUCUGCCUCGCCUCAGCAGCAACAACAACAGCAGCAACAGACCACCGCCACCCUAAAUCUGCAGGGCAUCAAUCUGUCGCAGCUGCAGGGCGCCAUGGCUAACUUUGCCGGUCUGCAGAAUGUCCAGGUGCAGAUUCCCGGAUUUACGCAGCCCAUUUCAUUGCAAUUCUCCGGGAACAGUUUGCAGCAGCAGCAGGCGGGGAAUGCGGCCACAGGCGCGGGCACGGCGCAGGGCCAGCAGCGGAGUGUCCUGGUUUCGGUGCCCGUCUCCAGCCAGCAACAACAACUGCCACACACCAUAACACUGCAAACUCAGUCGGCGCCUCAUCAUCAACAGCAACAUCAGCAGGCCCAGCAGCAACACGCCCCACCAACGGGCACCAUUGUUAGCCUGCCCUCGACAGGACCUGGCACUCAGACAGUGGUCAUUACGAACAACGCCGGCGGAGGAGUCUCGGCGGGAAGCACCAAUAGUGGCAAUGCCGGCGGCGGUGGAGGAACAGGCGCCACAACGGCCAUGCUGACCCUUCCCAUUGCUCAAAUAGUCGGUGCCGGUGUACAGAAACUAAAUCCUCAAACAAUACGUACCUCAAGUGUUGGUGGUGGUAUAGGUAUCGCCCAGCAGACGGUCCAGCAGCAGCAGCAGACGAUCCAGGCGCAGUCGGGCGGGAGCAGCACGGCGGCCAUCCAGCUGUUGGGCACCAUUCAGCCGCGGUCCCGCAACGUCCAGGUGGUGGGCACCAAGCAAUUGGCCAGCCGACAGCUCAUCACCACCCAGCGCCAGAUCGGGGGCUCCACGCUCAAGAUAGCCACCACUCCUGUGAACGCCGCUAAUGUGGUGACCAGCAGUGCUAGCCUAAACACCACUCCCAUUGUGAUGUCUGCGCAGAAGCUACAACUAAAGACGGUGAAGGCUCCCGUGCAGCAGCAGCAGCAACAACAGCUGCAGCAACAACACCGAAUACUCAACCAGCAGAGCACCGCCACGGUCUCGUCGCAGACACUGCCCAGUCCAAGCCAAGUGCAGGUUCAAGUGCCGCAGCAACAGCAACAGCUGCAGCACAUUCAGAUCGCUGGAAGGGCCACCACCGCCUCGGGGGCCAUCAGUCAAAGGACACUGACGGCUCUGGCGGCGGCCAAACAGCAGCAGCAGCAGCAACAACAACAGCAGCAGGCUGCGGUCAAUCGACGGCGCUCCACCACCGAUGCCACCAAGUAGAGCAUGUGGAUGAUCGAGAGAACUGAGAUAUGAAGCAUUAGAGCGAACAAGUAAAAGGCUACGCGUUGUGUAUUGCUUGAUAUUAUAGUUUAUGGUUACCUCCUAACUAUCAUUACUAUCGUACAUUGUAUACCCAUAUAACUAUAUAUGUUUUGAUGUGUAAUCGUAAGUGUAAAUUGCAUGGGCAAUAGCAUGGCAGCUCAUAGUUGUGCAACCUAGUUAGGAGAUGGAUCAGGAACCAGAAUGGGCCUGGACACGGCUCUACCGACUGUGCUUGUGUUAAUCGUGUCCCCUUUGCAAAAACGAAUUAGGUGUAGAGAUCUUAAUAAUAUUUAUCUAGUUGUAUAUACGCAUAUAUAUUACAUAUAUAUAUAUGGAAAUUGUUUCAAUAUGUCCUGCGCCCAAUCGCCAUUUAAACUACACACGAGAACACCUAUCAAUUUGGCUCCCAACUCCAAUUCGUUAAGUCCUAAGACUAGCUCUAUAAGCGUGCUAAUUUUAAGCUGUAAAUCAGGGGAGUCGCCGAAAACAAAAGGAAAGCAAUAAUAUGAGGAGGAAAAAUCAAGAAAAAAAGUAAAUUAAUUGUAAAGAAAUUCUAAUUAUUACGAUUACGUUUAGCUACGAGAGCAUAUGGACCGGAGUAUAAGGGUUCAUUUUAGCAAUUACAAAUAUUCAUAUUGUACUAUUAAAAUUAUUAUUGCUAAUUAUUUAAUCGAUUGCUUAGCUUAAGUUCACAAAAGAAGAGAAAAACACAUUUUAGUUUGUAAUGUACAAUUCGUAGCCUCAACCAAUUUAGUACUUCCAAUUGCAGAAACAUUAAAAACGAAAAGCAAAACAAAAUACACAAAAAAGUCAACACUUAUUUAAACAAUUUAUUUGUAAUAGCGCAAUGUACAAUGAAACUAGAGACAGGAGCAGCUGAAGGAAUGUGGGCGAAGGAAGUUGCGAAUGCGAGUCGAGUAAUGUGUAAAAAGUAACGCUUUGACUAAACAAAUUUGUUUCUCAACUAAGCCAGUUUUUGUAGAUGGAAUUUAUUUAUUUAAGUAACGAUUUUAUUUAUGUUACUACUCUGCUGUAAUUGUUUAGCAUUGUUUGAUUCAGCUGUACAACACUAAAAACUAAACCUCUUCAUGAAGGAACAAGAAAAUAAAACACAAAUUAACCUCACCAUUACCCGUAUUUCCUACCGUACCCAACACACUCAAGCAUAAAUUACUCAAUGUUAAUAUUAAAUAAUAAAUGUGAUUUAAGAAGAAUAAACGAAAAAGAAAACAUGGUACUACGUAAACCGAAUGAAUGAUUGAAAGCAUAACGAAGUGGGAAAAUGUUACUCAAGCAAAGCGACGCAAAGAUCUGGCCAAAAACCUGAGUACGAAAGUUAUAUACAUGAUAAUGAUAUACGUGUGGUCUGAUCAAAUGGUUAUUGAAACGUAAUUCAAAGAUUUAUUAAUGUAAUGCGGAGCAAUCUAAGCAGCGGCAUAAGAUAUUUAUAUAUGUAAACACGAAAACAACUAUUAAUAUAAAUGUGUAAUUUCAAUUCAAUAACUGCUUAUCAAAAUACCUGACUGUAGAAACUUUUCAUUAAACUGAUUACGAAGAAAACUCUUGAGAAAUACUAAGCAAAAGUAAAAAUUAUGACAAAACCAAAAUAAAAUAAUGAAGCGCCGACAAAGUCAAAGCAAAUGCGUUAAUCAAUAAAGUGUGAAAUGAAUUAUAAAA